AGCAGUGCCUAUUAAGUGAGUGUAGAAGAUGGACGUACGCGAAGUGAAAUAAAAAUAGAGAAGCCACGCUUGGAAAGCAAACAAGAUGAAGACGAUAUUGGAAAUGGCCAGCAGAUAGAAGAGGCAGCAAGAGUCGCGACGGAGUGCGGGAGGACAACACGCUAAUCCCGAGGACAACAGUGAGGACACACACGCACACAAGAAAAGAAACGAAAAGAAAAGAAAACGUCAUGAAGCCCGACAUAUUAACGCUCUGCAUCCUGGCAACGACGAUCCUGGCCAGCACACGUCACGUCAUUGGCUUUCUGACUUCCCAGACGUCGUCAUCGUCGCUGGCAUCUUCAGCUGGCAUAGCAGGCAAUGCCAUUGGCCCAGCAUCAGUUGUGGAGCAACAGCAGCAGCAGCAGCAGGAGAAUGAUGUGGUGAUACAACCGCGUCGACACUUGGACGCAACGUUGGAAGCGUAACGUUUACGAUCCCGGCGAUGAGCUGCUGCAAGCCCUCAACACGGAACUGGGGCUGGCCAUGCCAGAGCCAGAGGAGCCAGACUACGUGAAUGCUGUGAAUCCCAAUACGAAUGCGAUUGCGAUUGCGAAUGAGCUCGAGGUGGCCAGCAAGUUCGAAUUGCUGAAGAAGCUCGAGGACGAUUUGCGUGCUGAGCAGGAACUUGUCGACAAAUCCGCUUUGCUCAUGAAAAUGCUUGAGGAUCCGACAUUGGACACGCUGCCGUUGGUCUAUGUGGAGGAGGAGGAACCGGCAGCAAUUACUGCUGUUGCUGGCAACGAUGACUAUCCGGAGCUCGAGACGGGUUUGCAGAGUCUGGUGCUUGGCCAGACCAAGCCGAAACGUUCGCGUUACUAUCGUCGUUAUCCCUGGAAGCGUCACAAUCGAAACCGCGGUUCUUACAUGAAUUCUAUCAACAGCAACUAUGAACCGGAAUUGCGUUACGCCUGCACCCCAAGCAAGGAGGAUAUCUUCAAACUUCUGGUCAAUCUGCAUGAGAAUCGCAAGGGAAAUCACAGCAAGACGGUCAACUUUUGUAAUCGCAAGCGUCCUGCUAAGGCCGUGUUUACCAACAUACGAUUCCUGGGCUAGAUUUGGAUACGGAAUACGAAUAUGAUGGACACACACACACUGAGACACAAUACACAAACAGGUACACACACACAUACACACAUAUGUAUACCAAGCAUCAAUUGUACAUUGCUGACAAAGUCAAGCGCGAAAACUGGAGAACAACAAGCACUAACAAUUAGUUAACUAAACUAAACGAAACUAACAUUAAAGUAAUUAACCAAACUAUUAAGUACUUAGAAAAACCUCCCGCACUUGGUAGCAAUUUUUGAAUGUAUUCGCACCUCUAAGCUAGACAAAAUUACCCCUAACCUUACCACACACACACAUACAUAAAAUUACACUAAACCCCUUCCCCCUAAAUGUGUUGUAUAUAUACCGAGAUAAAAACAAAAUAUAUAAAGUUUUAAUAUUGUGUGUUUACAA